UUGUCUGUGUGUUAGGUCUCGAAUUAAGGGCUCUCAGAAUUAGAGGGGUUUCAAUUUGGAGGGUCACCUGUAUUUUUUUAAUUAUUGUUACUAUACAGCAUAUAUUAAAGAAGUUAAACUUCUGUAUUAAUCGAAAAUGAUAGUGAAGAUAAUAGGUAAAUAUUUGAAUGCAAUUAGAGAUAGGGUGACUGCAAAUAUUGUGACCUAUAUAUAGUUAGUAUAUCCGCAAAGCAGUGUAAAUAUAAUGUAUAUGACAUCUGGUGAACAGCUGAAUACCAUUAGAUACAGGAUAUCUGUUACCAUUAGUUUAUGUUGCAAUCUAUCUAAAAUUAUCUUUUGAUUAUAAUGGUAUCUAUGAGUUUAUCUUUAUGUUUCCUUUGGCUAUCCUGAAAGAAUGCUGUUUUUAUGUUUCGUUGUCUUCUUUCUCCGCUCCAUCAGGAAUGAACUACAUUGUGCAGCAAGAGACGGUCAAGUUGAGGUAGUUAAAAGAAUUCUUCACGAUGUUCUUUGUGGAGUAGAUGACAGAACACCAAUCAAUGAAACAGCUCUUCACAAAGCUGUCAGAGGUAACUCAGUCGAGAUCUGUAAAAUACUGCUCCUGCAAGGUGCCGACCCUAACCUCACAAAUAAUGGUGGACGAUCACCAAUUUUUUUUGUACUUGGUCCAGCUGUUGCAGAGGUCCUUCUCCAAGCUGGAGCUGAAACUGAUAUUAUUGAUAAGUGGGAGGGACGUACGCCGUUGGAGUUCAUCAAAGAGCAGAGAAAAACCAACCCUGAACUAGAAUCAGUGAUAAACCUACUUGAAUCUCGGAAAGACAAGCAGACCCCGAUAGAAAUUAAAGAUCGAGGACAAGAAACAAUAUUAGCCUACAAAGCUGCUAUUAGACAUGGUACCAAACCUUUGCAACACACUCGGUUUAUGCUGGUUGGCCCAGAGCGAGUGGGGAAAACCAGCCUCAAGAAUGCUCUUCUUGGGCAUGAUUUUAAUAUUCUCGAAGACAAGACAGAUGGUAUUAAAUCGUCAAUAUGUCGUAUUGAUAUUGAGGAUAUUAGCAAUUGGGAAGAGGAUGUAAAUGACCCAGGCUAUAACAUAUCACAAUACAUAGCUAAGGAAACAGCUGAUAUUUUAAAGAAAAAGUCAGUACAAACGUUUUCAACAACAUCAUCCUCAGCAUUGCCAUCUUCAUCAUCGUCAUCAUCAUCGUCGUCGUCGUCACUAACAACAUCUUCAUCAACCUCAGCAGCAGAGGAAGUAGAUAAGGCAGAGAAAAAUAUUUCUAGCUCAACGGCACACAUGAUGGAAGGAGAUGAUGAAGACAGUGACACAUUGCCAAAAGAUAUUAACCGCCUGGUGAAUACCUACAUGAAAUGGUCAGAUGAAAGUCUUGAAGAAAAGUGUAAACUGCUGUUUAGUGUCUGGGAUUUUGCUGGCCACUACCUCUACUACACUAUGCACCAGGUGUUUUUGUCACCUCGUUCAAUUUACUGUGUUGUAUUUGAUGCCAGCAAAAACCUACAUGAUAAAGCAGACCUUGACUUCAUACCGGUCGGCUCCUAUGAGGCAAUUGUUCAAGAAUUUACGCUCAACCAUGAGAUGACUAAUCUCGAGUUCCUGAACUUUUGGAUCAGCUCUAUAUUCUCACAUGUGGAGGCAAAUGAACAGGAGCAAGAUGGCGACGGCCUCCUUAGCCCGCCGGUAUUCAUUGUCGGCACCCACCUUGACUGUAUCCCAGGGACCGAUGAGGAGAAACAACACAAGCUGGCUGAAAUCUCCAAAACUAUUAAGGACUACCUUGAAGACAAAGCAUACAGAGGCCAUGUUGUACCUCAAAUCUACUUUGUAGAUAACAGCCUUCGACCUGUGGGUGAAAGCCUAGAGAAGUUCAGGGAACAUGUGGAGGAAGUAAUGCGAAAACAACCAUACAUGGAGGAUAGAAUCCCAAUAUCUUGGUUCCAAUUCCAGAGUCACAUGAUCAAACUUCGAAAAGAAAAGGACUACAUAACACUAAAAGAGGCAAAAGAAAUUUCAACACACUUGGGCAUCCAGGAAGACGAAGAGAUGUUUACAAUGCUUCGACUGUUUCAUGAUGUUGGAGUGAUUGCUUUCUAUGGUGCGGAUGAUGCUAAAAGUGGCACAACGGGCGAAAUCAUUGUGCUCAACCCACAAUGGCUAAUCAACAUCUUCAUAAAAGUCAUCACCAUCAACAAACGUGAAAAGAAGUGGACAAAUUUUAACUGGUGCUGGAGAAUCUUAGAGCAAAAGGGAAUUUUAGAAGAAACUUUAGUCAACCAUGUAUGGUCCGACUUUUCUAAAAGUCAAAUAGACUCACUUCUUAAAAUAAUGGAAAGAUUUGACUUGCUGUGUGAAAAUAAAGUCCAGAGAGAUGGAAGUGAUUCGCUUUCUACCGUAGACAGCAACCUCCAGCGACAGUUUUUUGUUCCUUGUCAACUGAGACCAAAUAAGGAAGACCAUGGAAAAAAAUGGGAAUUGGACCUCAAUGCUGUUGUCAUUAACAUCAUUCCCAAAGAUGGAUUUCUUCCAGAGGGGUUGUUCCAUCGUUUGACUGUGAGGGCAGCAGUUUGGACGCAGCAGAAAGAGGGUCAAUCAAAACCCCCUCGUUUGUUCUAUAGGCAGACGGAACUGUACCUUGAUGAGGACCAUGAACUUAUCAUGAGAAUGCAUGUGACAAAAAUGGGUAAAAGGAUGAUAAAGAUCAUAAUUUACUACCCGCUUGUAGAGGGUGAUGAGAGUAGCAGAUCACCGACGCCCUCAAUGUGUAAAAAGGUAUUGGUAUUCCUUCAGAAUAGUCUAAACGACUUAAAAAACAUGUGGAUGAAACGGAUAGAUUUCGGCAUUUAUGUGCCUUGCUACACAUGCAAGAAGUUUGAUGAUCACCAUCAUCUUCUGGAAAGUUGCCUGAAACACGUAAAGAUUGAGUGUGGUAGAAAACGUAAAUGUACUAUGUAUUGGCAGUAUCUCUUUGGUGACCGACAAAUGGACAAAGAAUUCCGACAUCCAACGGACAGCCUGGCAAAGGCGAUACCAAAUCACAUUCAAGCCAAUGGAAUUUCUCUUGCUCCAACUGGCACUGACCUGACAUCAUCACCAGGAAUUGAAAACGGUGAAAUAACUAGUUCUUCUACAAGAAGGCUGGUAUCAGAGUUAACACCUGCUUAUGUUGACCCGACGACCAGUACUGCUGGUAACCAGGGCAGUGGCACAAUAUGCACUGUGUUCGGUAAUGGUAACAUUGUUAUCUUAAAUAAUCAAGGAACCAUAAAUAUCAAUCAAAGAUAUUUGCAGCAUGCGUUUGUGGGAAUAAUGUGUAUUCUCUUCAUGGUGUUAAUCAUGUAUAUAUAUGAACAAAUAAAUUAAUAGAUAAUUUGAAAAAUUAAUUAAUGAAUUAUAUAUA